AUGAACAAAAUUAAAAGAAAGCUCUUUUCUAUGGAAGCCAUUCUAGAUUCCAGAACUAUAAAUGAUUAACUAUAUUUUUUAGUUAAAUGGGCUGGUUAUCCAAUCUCAUAAUCAACAUGGGAAAAAGCAGACAAAGUACCAGCAGAUUCAAAUAUGAUAUCAGAAUAUAAAAUGAGUGUUCAAAUGCUUGGAAAAACCUUCUAUUUUGAUCCAUUAGAUUAACCUCCUUAAAUUGAAGAUUUUGUAGAAGUCCCACCUUAAAAAAGUGAACUAUCUACUUUUAACACAAAAAUUAGCGAAUUUUAACAUUAAAUCAAUACUCUCAAAGACGAUGUUAGACUUAUUCUAUAAUCUUAAUUGAGACUCAUUAAAGAAUUAAAAAUGUCAAAAAAUGUUAUUCAUCACUAUGAUUUAUAAAGAUCACCUGGUUCUUAAGACAAAUAAUAAUCUAUCUAAUCUGAUAUGAUGUAACAAUAUUAAUAAUGUGCUUUGAUUAAUUAUGAUGGUUCUUUUGAAUAAGGUGAUAAAGUUGAAAAAAUUGGUAGAGCUGUUUAAAUUAAAAAAAAUAAAAAUAAAAUGUAUUAUAUUUUAUGGAAAAGAAGAAACAAUGGUAUAAUAUUGAUAUAAUAAUUAGGUUAAAUUCCAAAAAAUUCAUGGGUAGAAAGUGAAAAAAUUAUUGAGAAUGAACCUGUUAAAGUUUGUCAAUACCUAUGGAAUAAAUUAAUAUGA